GUUCAGACGACACCAGACAGCACAGCCCUGUCGAAGAGCCUCAAGCCAGACAGCCAGCAACCUAGCUUCAGAACUCGACGCACAUCCUGUGUCAAUUGUUACCGGGUGCGGAGAUUAGACUUCUUGUGCGGCUUCACCCAUCGUCCCCAUGAUGGAAAUCCAGCUAUAAAAUGCGCCAAUUCUGUCACUCGUCCCUAUUCUAAGACGCCCUAGGUGGACAUCUAUCUUCAUGAAGUGUUGGGACACAGACAUACUGCAUAAGACGGUGUCUCCCUCCGCCCCCAGCGUGGAGUGGGCAAUACGUGCAGUGAUGGUGAUGCGCUGCCCCACUUUGCUGCUGCUGCUGUUGUGUCUCCAGCCCGUGCCUACCGUCGCAGACUUCGAGAAGACCUGUAACCUGGAGGACCGGCUGGAAGGGCCGGCAGCAGGCGGGAUCUGUGGGAGCAGGCUACCGGAAGUCAUCAGGCUGACCUGUCUCGUCAGGCGGCAUCGCAGGUCCACAAAGGCCAUCAAGGGCAAGACUAUAGGUAAGCAGAGUGAGUUGAAGGACCUGACGUUACACAAGAGCACAGCAUUGUCCUAUUUGUUGAAGCGAUCGAACGGCCUCGGAGAGCAGGGCAUCACAUGCGAGUGUUGCUACAACCGAUGCAGCCUCACUGAGCUUAUGCAGUACUGCUGACGUCACAACCAAUCACAGAUACUGUGAAAGUGUCACGUGAUGACGACAUCCAUUACAUCGCAGUCAUGUGCCUUCAGCAUCCAAGUUCAAGGUCCCGGUUCAUAGGCAGACGGAGCUGCAGGCUCUCUGCUUGCAGUAAUCUGAUAUUGACUUUUACCACUGCCAUCCUGCGUCGUUGUCAUCAACAUGUCGUGCGUCCCAAAAGUCACAUGUGUAUUGCGCAUGCGUGUUCACGUGACAUUCCUGCGCCACCAUAGUCCCUGAAGGUGCGUCAUGCCAACAAGCCUUGUCCUGUCACAUUUGUAAUAAAGUUUGUUGGUAUAAAAUUA